AGGCAUAUCCUUGGUUGCAUUGUUUGGGGUCCUCCUUGAAAGCGCCAGUCCCUCGGACUGUCUUAGCGAAAUCAGCAUCAUAUAUAAAACUAUAAUAAUUAUAAUAAUAUUUUUUGAUAAGCGCCUGACCCCUACGCUGCUCAGAAAUGAACCUAGAACUGCUCGAAUCGUUUGGGCAGAAUUACCCAGAGGAGGCAGAUGGCACCCUCGACUGUAUCAGUAUGGCCCUCACCUGCACCUUCAACCGCUGGGGCACUCUGCUGGCCGUUGGGUGCAAUGAUGGUCGCAUUGUCAUUUGGGAUUUUCUAACACGGGGCAUCGCCAAAAUUAUAAGCGCACAUAUUCACCCAGUCUGCUCUUUAUGCUGGAGUCGUGAUGGCCACAAACUAGUGAGUGCUUCCACAGACAACAUCGUGUCACAGUGGGAUGUUCUGACUGGAGACUGUGAUCAGAGAUUCCGCUUUCCCUCACCGAUCCUGAAAUUGCAGUGUCACCCCAGAGACAUGGACAAGGUUCUUGUAUGUCCUAUGAAGUCGGCACCAGUCCUGCUGACUCUGUCAGACUCCAAACAUGUUGUUCUUCCUGUUGACGAUGACUCAGACCUGAAUGUUGUUGCAGCCUUUGACAGACGGGGCGAGUACAUCUACACAGGGAAUGCUAAAGGAAAGAUCCUCGUCUUGAACACAAACACCCAGGAAUUGGUGGCAUCAUUCAGAGUGACCACUGGCACCAGUAACACCACUGCAAUUAAAUCCAUUGAAUUUGCUCGCAAGGGCAGUUGCUUCCUCAUAAACACAGCUGACCGCAUCAUCAGAGUGUAUGAUGGAAGGGAGAUACUGACAUGUGGCAGAGAUGGUGAACCUGAACCAAUGCAGAAACUACAGGAUUUGGUCAACCGGACUCCAUGGAAACGCUGCUGUUUUUCAGGGGAUGGUGAGUACAUUGUGGCAGGUUCAGCAAGGCAGCACGCCCUCUACAUCUGGGAGAAGAGUAUUGGCAACUUAGUAAAGAUUCUCCAUGGAACCAGAGGAGAGCUGCUUCUGGAUGUUGCUUGGCAUCCUGUCAGACCAAUUAUUGCUUCGAUCUCUAGUGGAGUGGUGUCUAUCUGGGCACAGAACCAAGUGGAAAACUGGAGUGCUUUUGCCCCAGACUUCAAAGAACUGGAUGAAAACGUGGAGUAUGAGGAGCGAGAGUCAGAGUUUGACAUAGAGGAUGAAGACAAGAGUGAACCCGAGCAGACAGGUGGUGAUGCAGCAGAGGAUGAAGAGGUGGAUGUGACCACUGUAGACCCUAUAGUUGCUUUUUGCAGCAGUGAUGAAGAACUUGAAGACUACAAGGCACUGCUGUAUCUGCCCAUCGCCCCCGAAGUUGAAGAUCCAGAGGAAAACCCAUACGGCCCCCCACCUGACUCCUCCGUCCAGGCUUCUGGUCCAGAUGAUACCUUAGCUGGAGGUGACAGUAAGAAACAGCGGCAGCCUUCAUCUGAGGGAGGCCCAGCUAAAAAGAAGGCUCGCACCACCACCAUUGAAUUGCAAGGGGUGCCCUGUGAUGAGGUGCACCCCCUGCUGGGCGUAAAAGGGGACGGCAAAUCUAAGAAGAAGGCAGCAGGUCGCCCCAAAGGUUCCAAAGGUAAAGACAAAGACUUCCCCUUCAGGCCCAAGCCUUACAGGGGGGAACGGCCUACCUUCCCUGUGGAAGCCCUGGGCAGCUCUGGCCCAGGAGUUGGAGGAGGAGGAGGAGUGGGGAUGAAGGGCAGGGCAGAGGGGGGCCUGGCUACAGGGAGCAUGGUCUCACAGUCGUACAAACAGCAUGACAUUGGAGGGAUGGACUGAUGUCAGCGCUGGCGGCUUUAGACAAAGAGACAUAAAUCCUGAUCUCAUGUACAGACUGAAGGAGCAGCCUUCGUGGAGCACAGACUAUUUCAGGGGGAAAGUCCUGAGCAUGGAUUACAAAGAAGAGCUGAUAAAAAAAAAAAGAGCGCGACCCUUCACAGGAUAUAUGACAUGUCCCUGUCUUUGUAGAAUUUGUGUAGGGUAUGACUGAGUUUGAUGUUGUGCGUGGAUGUUUGGUUUCUUGUUUUUUAUACUUAUUAAAAGUGUUCUGAUUUAUAAGA